UGUAGCCUAUAAAAAAAAUUAUAAAAAAGAAUAAAUAAAUAAUUAUGGUAUCAUUAUAAAAAUGUUUUAUCUUACCAUUUUCAUCUGUUUUUUCUUAGGUUUCUUAGGUUCAUAUAGGGAUAACGUUGGUGAUCUUUUUAGAUUAGAAGAUUAUGAGGAAGAAGUAACAAAUUCCUUAACUUUCCGUCAAGGUGAUGAGCUUAUCACCACUAAAACUACUUUUGAGGGCAAGCCGACCGAUUACUGGGUGUUGACUCACUAUAAAAGCUCGAACAUUGUAAAUGUCGCACUUAAGGAUAGAUGGCGUCAUUCGAAAGCAUCAGUGAAGAUCUUCAAGAGCGAUAAAUCAAAAGACCAGUCAUUGAAUAGUAGUCUGAAUCAGACUAUGCAGGCUGUAUUCGAUACAAUGCUGCAGGAUCCAGAUCGCUGAAAAAUAAAAAGCAAAAUAGUAGUUUGAUUGUUAUGUAUAUAAAAAAAUAAACUUUGUUUAAUCAAUAAACAAUAUAUAUAUAUAAAUUUGUAUUCAUAUUAAUAAAUCCUGUAAUAUAAGCUCUGACAUUGAAUUGAAAUGGUAUUGCAAUAUUUCAUACAAAAAUGAUGUGUCAUCGUUUUGUAAAUGGGAAUAAUAAUUGAAAUCAUAGUUUUGAAUAUACUGGUUUGUGAAUUCGUUCCUCUGGCAGCUGAUUGGCAGACCACGUACAUAAUUUUUGAUCAGUUCGUAAGCAGUAUCAAAUGUUGCUUGAAAACUCUGUAGUCGUUUCUGUUUUUCUGCUAUAUACAGGUCAAUGCAGUGUUGUAAUUGUUUUCUGUAAUCUACAGAAAUCUAUGUGUGAUAAUGUAAUAUAUUCAUCAUUUAUAUACAAUGUAAUUGAACUUUGCUUUGCAUUAAUUGAGUAGGGGCGACCGGGUACAAUUGUAACAGUUUUUAUGAAAUUAUUUAUUUCAGCCAAAAUUCAAAAUUGUUUGGACCAUUUACACUUUCAAUUAGUAAAGUAAGUUGUUGUCUUUAAUAAUAUGUAUGUAUUGAACAUCUAUUUCCACAGUUUGUUGAGUAAUUAUAAACAUAAAAAAAAAAAAAUGUUACAACUGUACCUUAUACAGGGACAAUUGUAACAGCAACAGGGACAAAUGUAACAUACAUAUAUAUAUAUAUAUAUAUUUUAUUGUUACAAAA